AACAGUCUCUCUUUGACGCUCUGUCCCACCUUCACUGUCCCCAGAACCCAGUGCAGGAGUGGGGUGAGGAGUUUGAGGAGGGUGCAGUUUACGGGGUCACUCUGCGCCGGGAGCCUGUCCCCUCCUCCCCCGACCCCGGAGAGAAGAGUCCGUGCUGCGCUUUUGUACAGUACCGAACCUGUAAGGUGCGGCGUCUGAAGGCCGCGACCCUGGACCUCCUCGUGGGUCACCUGCUGGACGCGGGCUGCCAGGAGCAGGACUACGGCCGGAUCUUCCUCUCUACAUACAGAACCUUCACCGGCAGCUCCGAGCUCAUCGAGCUGCUCUUCCAGAGAGACAGUGCUGCCUCAGAUCUGGACAACAGUGAAUGCUACAGGAGCCCUCUGCUGGCCCUCGUCCAGACGUGGUUGGAUGAGUACAGUGAGGACUUCAGGGACCCUCCGCUGCACCCGGCGCUCAGGCUGCUGCUCGAUCACCUGAGGAUCAGCUCUGCCGUCCACGACAACAUGCGCAGCCAGCCCAACUUUAGCUCGCUGGCGGGGCAAGCUGAGGUGCUGCUCAAGAGUUUACAGAAACAAGAAGAUGAAACAACAGGCGGCUCUGCAGAUCUGGAACAAGACGAGGCGGCUUCUGGUGAUGAGGACUCAGGAUGUGAGAACUCUCUGGAUCCUGGCAGCAUCGAGGAUUUCUCUGCUGCAGCCAUUGCUGAACAGCUCACCCGAAUGGACUCUGCUCUGUUUGUCAAAGUGGUGCCGUACCAGUGUCUGGGCUGCAUGUGGUCGCAAAGAGACAAGAAGGAAAACAUGUCUCCCACCAUCCGAGCCACCGUUGCGCAGUUCAACGCUGUCACCAACCAGGUCAUCACGUCCCUGCUGUGCCAGCCAAUGGACGCCACUUCCGGUCCCACGUCCUCCCACCGGCCACCCACCACGCCGGCUCAAAGGGCCCGCGUCAUAGAGAAGUGGAUCAGAGUAGCCCAGGUGACUAAAUAUUACGAUUAUUUUUGUGAAUAUUGGCAUUCAAGUUCUAACUCCAGGAAAAAGCAAAAGCCACAAAGAGACGCCUGGAAAUAGUUUGAUUUUUUUUUCAGUCUGCAUCAAGUAUAAUAAUCACAUGGUUCAGAGGAACCUUCCUGUUCUGUCUGGUGCCGCUCAAUGUCACGAUCACGCAUCCAGUGAAUAAAAACUGUAUUUUGUUAAGUAACUUCAUGGUCAAUGAGGGGAUUUUUGUUUUGUCAGUGUAAAAAAAAAAAAAAA